CUAACCUCAAAUUUUCAAUUUUGAUUACAUUAUUGGCGGGAAUUAUUUGUUAUGAUUUUAAUAGUAUUUUUCGAUUGAAAAACUUCCAUGGAUACGACCGCGAGACGUAGGAGGGCCCACACGGUCGUGGUGAGCCCCCAUUCGGAACUGUACAACCACGACGUAACUUUCUACAAAGUUUUCCCAUUAGAAACAAUAAAUUUGACCGAAUUCGAAGAGCUUGCCAUAGACCGAGUGCAUAUGCUUAGAAUCUUAGAGCAAGCCACCCUGAAGGGCUUUAAAAUGCUCUCUGACGAAUGGAAGCAUUGCGUCAGGGAGGACUUGGUCAAGAAUAACCUGAAAAAGUAUGUUCGGCUGAUGAAUGGUAUCAAUGGUCAGUCUGAGCUGGACAUACAGGCGAGGAGAGCCGACCAUAUUUCCCAUUAUAUAUUGAAGCUGGCUUAUUGUCGCAGUGAGGAUUUGAGGAGGUGGUUCUUAACUAGGGAGCUGGAAUGGUUCAGGACCAAAUUUAGUGCUCAAAAUUCACAAGCCAUUCUUAAGUUCUUGAACAAUAAUAACUUGAACUAUACACCAAUUUCACUGCAAGAAAAGUCAGAAUUGCAAGAAGAGCUUACUGUAUCCACUAUAGGCAUGUCUGCUGAGGGGGUUACCACUAGCGAUUUUUAUAAAGUGCCUUUCCUAGAAGUCUUACCACUAGUGAGCAAUCGAAAGGUUUAUUUAAAAGAUGGGUAUGCUUAUGUGCCUAUGAAGGACCUAGUGGUAUGUCUUUUAUCAAAGUUUCGAAGUGCCUUAAGUGAGAGUUUAAACAGUUUUUAUCAUAAAUUGCCACUAAUCGACGAUGACCGCUUGGGAGAUUUGUUGUGCAACUUGCACCUUUCUUACACUGGAAAAAGUUAUACACUGGGGGCUAACAAGGAGGGUGUUAAUCCAGCCGACUUAGAUCAUUAUGCAAGAACCCAUUAUCCAUUGUGCAUGAAACACUUGCAUGAAGCCCUAAGGGCCAACCAUCACUUGAAACACAACGGCAGAUUAAUUUACGGGCUAUUUUUGAAAGCUAUAGGCCUCAGUUAUGAGUUGUUCCUAGAGUUUUGGCGAGAAGAGUUCACUCGUAUCAUGGAUAAUGACAAAUUUAACAAAAGUUAUUUGUACAACUUCAACCAUCAGUGGGGCAAAGUGGGUCGAAUGGUGGAUUAUUCUCCAUAUAAUUGCAUGAAGAUCAUUAUGGGUAAUGUGGGCCCCGGAGAGUCCCACGGUUGUCCUUUUAAGCAUUUCGAGGCCUCGCUUUUAAAAUCCAAAUUGGUGGAGUAUGGAUUGAGUGCUGACGCGGUUAAUGAAAUUAUGUCUUUAUCAACUGGGGGUCAUUAUCAGUUGGCUUGUACCAAAUACUUUGAACAUACUCACGCUGGGGCCCAGCCUUCCAAUACCAUUAAUCAUCCGAACCAGUAUUUCGAUGACAGCAUGAAAUUGGCCAAGCCGAAAGUUAAUUAGGUGUUUAUUUAUUUAUUUUAUUGUAUAUCUGUAUUAAAAGUUUAGGAUUUCUUUUA